AUGCGUUCUACCCUGGUCCUCGCCCAGCUUUCACUGUUUCUGACGUCUGUUCACGCAUUCUUUCCCUGGGACGUAUCUGAGCAUUGUGCAUUCGAAGGUGGCUGCAGUUCCACCAAGAGGGAGUUGAAGGAUCAAGAUGCCCUUGGAUCUGAUGCCGUUGAUGCCAUCAAGGCCAUCAACUUCCCUGGCUUCCGUGUUGGCCCACAAAUCACCAAGGAAUCUCUGACUGAAGAACCCGAAUCCGAACGAGUCGCCCGCGAGGUUCAAAGGCUUUCUCACAAGUAUGCUAGAUUCCAGUCGGCUGCUGUCCGACAGAGGGCAUCGAAGUCUAAGAGACAAAGCCUGUAUCGCAUUGUUACAGCGGCAGACACCACCCUCAAGAACGCAGCCAGCGUUGCUCAGGAUGGCACCGACUAUUCCUAUUUUGCCCAGGUCAAAUUAGGUUCCAAGGAGAAGCCCCUAUGGAUGCUCAUCGACACUGGAGCGGGUACUAGUUGGGUUAUGGGCAGCUCCUGCACAUCGUCGGCUUGCGAAAAGCACGGUUCGUACGGCCCUACCGACUCGGACACGUACAAACCGAACGGGGAGACAUUUGCUGUCGCCUACGGAUCGGGCUCAGUCAAAGGUGAUAAGAUCACCGAUACCGUUUCUUUUGCGGGCAUGAAAUUCGACUUCGAAUUCGGUGUGGCCAACGAGACCUCGGAUGAUUUCAACCACUUCCCUUUUGACGGCAUUCUGGGACUUUCCAUGGCAGGUGGAGAGACAGAGAAUUUCAUGCAAGUUGUCAAAAGUUCCGGCCAGCUCCCUGCCAACAUCUUCUGUGUGUACCUCAACAGAGCGGCGGAUGGACCCAACACGAGCGAGAUCAGCUUCGGUACAUGCAACCCCGAAAAAUACACUGGCAACUUCACGUACACCGGAGUUGGGAACAACAAUGGAGACUGGGCGAUCCCUCUGGAUGGCAUCCAGUACGAUGGUCAAAAGUCUGGCGCAGCUGGCAAGCUCGCUUAUGUCGACACCGGUACCUCUUACGUCUUUGGACCCCAGGACGACGUUGCUGCUUUUCACAAGAACAUUCCUGGAUCUUCCUCAGCUGACGGUACAACGUACAAGGUGCCGUGUGACAGCAAUAAGGAUGUAACAUACUCAUUCUCUGGUGUCAGUUAUGUUAUCUCUGCCAAGGACUGGAGAUCAAGCCCUGCCGCGGAUGGCACCUGCACCAGCAACAUCUACGGCCACGAGGUCGUUGCGGGAGCCUGGCUUUUGGGAGAUGUCUUUCUCAAAAACGUCUAUGCCGUAUUUGACAAGGACCAGAAACGCAUAGGAUUUGCAACCAGAGUUGACCCUCCACCAGUAACAACCACCGCAACCGCCUCGGCCACACCGGUGGUGGUUAACAACCCGGACCAAACUACUGUCGCGUCAGCCGCGCAGACGACUGGUCCCGCGCUUGGUCUCGGUGGGCACGAGACUGCCACAGGGAGCGCCGCCGCGCAGACGUCGCCGGCAGCUCAGUCAGGGGCUGCAUCAUACGCCUCCAUCACUCACGUCAAUGUGGCCGCCGCAGCAUUUUUCUGCUUGUUCGUCAUGUUGGAAUUCUUCUGA